AUGGUGCGCUCGCGAGGUCUGUCCAACACGUCUGAUGUCUCUUCAGUUCCUGAUCAAGAUCAGGAAUUGGGGAGCAUGUACGAUUAUCUGGCCAAGAUCAUUCUUCUAGGCCCAAGUGGCGCCGGCAAGUCCUGCGUGCUACACCGAUUUGUGAAGAAUGAGUGGCGAGUCCUAUCCUCGCAGACCAUAGGAGUCGAGUUCGCCUCGCGCAUCGUUAAACUGGGUACCGGCGCAAGGCGAAGACGGAUCAAGUUGCAACUCUGGGACACUGCAGGCACCGAGCGAUUUCGAGCCGUUUCCCGUUCCUAUUACCGGGGAGCUGCAGGGGCCAUUCUCAUUUAUGAUGUCUCCUCCUACCCCUCGUUCGCUGCCCUUCCUACCUUCCUCAUGGACGCCCGAGCGCUAGCCUCGCCUAACUUGACUGUUCUUUUGGCCGGAAAUAAAGCCGAUUUGGCUGAUGCGACAGAGGAAUCCGACGAUGCAGGCCGGCCUCCACCGACACCGUCGAGCACGUCGAGCAAACAGUCGUCCUACCCGUUCGAUGCCGCCGGCUCCAUACGCUCAGCCAGCUACCUAGGCUCCGGAACCAGGAUGACAGCCACAUUUGCAGAGGGUCGAGAGGUUAGCCGAGAGGAUACGUCUCGCUGGGCGGCCCAGUCGAAUAUCCCGGUAGCCGUCGAAAUCUCGGCUCUCACCGGUGAAGGCGUGGAGGAAGUCUUCCAGCGGUUGGCCCGCAUCAUCCUGACCAAAAUCGAGCUGGGGGAGAUUGACCCGGAUGACCCGCAGAGUGGCAUUCAGUACGGCGAUGGCGGUCUCUAUCACGGAACCAGUGAAGCCUCAAGUAUCAGAAGCCGCGCCACGCUGGACGAAAAUGCUCUUCCCCUUCACCGAAGCUCGCGACGACACGGGAAGGGUGGACAAGGCUGGAAGGGGGGCAUGAGGGAAUGGGAAGACGUGUUUCGCCUAAGUGGCCCUCAGUCUCGGAGAAAUAAGGGUUGUUGCUAA